GUGUAGUUCUAACCUAGUGUCAUCACACAUGAAAACCCCAACAAUAAAAAAAAAAAAAACAAGUGAAUAAACAAUGAGCGAAUCAGCAGAAGUAUCAGAACCAAGAUCUGAAAAUUCAGAAGAAUCAAAACCACUAAUUUGCAAGUAUUGUACUCAAUUAUGUGAUCCAUAUGAUAAUCCAAAUUUAAUUUGCAUUUCCUGUCAUGAGCCAGUGCACGUACGGUGUCUCCGCCGUGGCGGAGUACCCGGUGGACUGAUCGGUGACGUCUUCUUCGACCUGACCUGCGUCGAGUGUCAUCCCCUGCACGAAGAGACUCUCGUUCGUCAGAAAAUAUCCUGGCUGGGUAUCGUGAUCCUGACUCUGUACAACCUGAGAGCCAAGUCCGCGGGGAUCAGCAACCGGGGAUACUUUCACUGGAACUUGAACGUCAACGCCUUCGUGGAGAAGCACUGGGACAUUUUGUUCCCGAAGAAUGUCAAGCAAAAGAAGAACUGGAAGGGUACAAUCUCCGGUGCAUUAUCGCACUCUUCUAAAAAGGGUCAGAUAUUUUUCCAGUCCGGGUUUGAUGAACUUGCAGAGUCCGGUUACUGGAAGCUCAUAAAUAAUGACCCUCCAGAAGUGCUGAUUGCUAGAAAUGAUCAAGCAAUUGUUGAUCGCAAACGUCGUGCUAAAAUACAGUCUUCGAUUCAAACUCUUCAGCAGCAUCAGAUCCAGCACCAGCAUCAGUACCAGAAUUAUCUACAGAACCAAAACCAAAUCCAGUACCAGCAGCCAGAAUUUUCAACCACUAGUUUAAAUUCCUCACCAGUAAUCGAAGAAUCCAGUUCCUGUGAUGACAGCUACGGCGAUUCCUCGAGGACUCAAACGCCCUCGAUGUUUUCACGUGAGUACGUCCAACCUACUGAAAUUUUAUCAAAUUUUUUGUUUGCUGACGAUGAUCUCCCAGAUAAUAUUGAUCCCCUUACUACUAAUGACGAUGACAAUUUAUUAAAUGACAUCGAUGUUGAUCUAAAUCAAUCAGAAGAGUCUUCGUCAAUUGACAUCAAAGAUUUCGACCUAAAAGACCUCAAGGUUUUGCAGGAUUUGGAUCUUAAGGACAAUGAUUUAGGUAUUGAUUUAAAUCUAGCCAAUCAGCUUGAUGAUCUAAAUCAACCUGUUGAUGAUCAUCAAGAUCUAGGCGAUCAGCAAAAUCCAGGUGAUCAAGAUGACAAUCCUGAUGAUUUAGACAUCGAUCUGAAACAUUUUAGUGAUGAUGCUGAUUUGCUACAAUUUUUUAAAACAUUCAAUCCUGAUUGGAUGCAUGAUAUGUUGAGCAAUAAUGAUAAUAAUGAUAAUUAUGAAGAUACUGAUGGUAAUGAUGAUGACAGUAAUGACAGCAAUGGCAGCACCGGUAGCACGGAACCAGAGCCGCCCCAGUCAUUAUUUAGUAGCGUGAAAAAACGCGACUACCCUUGGAAAAAAAAACGGGAUUGUGUUGAAAGUUCUGCGCAAAAGGAAGUCAAGGGAAAGAGGGUCAGGAUGAGUAAAAAUGAGGAAGAAUAUUUAUUGUCAACGAUAAAUAGCUCGUGGGUUGACAAAAUGACUCCCAGAAUACGGAGGCUUUAUCGUAAGUUAGUUGUCAGGAGGAUAAAAAGGCUGGGAAAUGUAAAACUGGUUGACUGGGACGAGACUGGAACUGGCAAGAUGGAGAAAAAGGUCUCGAGGAACGAAAGGGAACGAGUUAUCGAUAGAUUCAGAAGGGAUUUAGGAACCGCGAGAAUGGAACAAAGACUGAUGGGCUAUUGCGAGAAUGGAGAAAUUUGCAGUCCGUAUACGCAGAGAGGGUUGAAGCCGUUCAUUAGAAGAGACGAUAAUUGCAGGCCCUUGUGGUUGGAGGUCAUGCAGGAACUAGAGGCUAAGGUUAAUAGCAAAAAGGUCGAUUGGAGGCCUAGACCUAGGGCGACGAUCGACUAUUCCUAUGUCAGGCCGCAGCACAUCCCGGGUAUUAAUAGUCUUGCUUGCCAGUUCUUUUGGCCGGGAAUUGAUUUAACUGAGUGCCUGCAGUACCCAGACUUUACUUGCGUAGUGCUUUAUAAAAAACUUAUAAUAGGAUUUGGGAUUCUCGUCCCUGAUAUUGGGUUUGACGAAGCUUAUAUCUCGUUCUUUUUGAUUCGACCUGAGUGGCGUAAGUCAGGAAUCGGGACUUUUAUGCUUUACCACCUGAUCCAAACUUCGAUGGGCAAGGAUGUGACCCUUCAUGUAUCAGCAACAAAUCCCGCGUUGAUUCUUUAUCAAAAGUUUGGUUUCAAAAUCGAACAGUUUGUCCAAGAUUUUUAUGACAAAUACAUGACUACCGGCGCCAAAGAAUCACGACAUGCAUUAUUUUUACGGCUCAGCCGAUAAUUAAUUAUUUAUCAUUAUUAUAGACAAUAUAUUUUUCUAAAUAAAGGUUUUUUUUAAUAUCAUUAACUUUUUAAUCAGAACCAAUGCCUGAAUUGAUCCGCCAUCUUUAUAAAAAAGAUGUACCUCAAGAUUGGACCGAUUUUUCGCACAACAAAAAUUCGACACCUGAAGAUUUUUAAACUGCGCAUGCGUAAAGAAAAGUAGGGUGAUAAUUAAUAUAUAGAACAUCUAAAGGGGGAGUAAAAACCGAAAACACCCGAGGUUUACUCUCUUGCAGGGAAAAUUUUAGUAUAUUAUACAUCUAGUACAAAUUAAGGCUGGGUCGUUCUAACCCAAUUUUUAAAUUUUACUUUUUUUUAAAUUUAUUGAUCAAUUGAUAUUCCAGCAAUUUUUUUUAUAGCUUCGGAAAAAAUAUAAAACAAACUUUUUCUAAAGAUUUUCAUCAUUUGAGUAGCAUAAUUAUUCAUGACGUAAUUAGAAAAUUCGGUUAGUAAUUGCACCCUUUAGAAGGAAUUUUUUAAAAUGCUUGAACAUAACCCUACCUGGUGUUUUAAUCAUUUGAUUAACUUCAAUGGCGUAACAGCACGAAGCUACUACAAGGAAUUUACGCAAAGCGCCAUCUAGAUGGAUGUUAGAAAAUAUUUAACGAAUACAUUACAGUUACAAAAUAUAAAGAUUAUCACACAAGGAAAAUAAAUAUUAAAAAAAAAUAUUUUAUUUGCAUCGCUGCCUUUUUUAUUAUUUUUAU